AUAUAUUUGCUAGCAGGGAUUAGUGGAAUUGAUAGACUCUAGGUAUUUCAGAUAGGCGAUCUCUUGGUUGAAGUUCAGUAUAACAGAAGGACAUUGGUAUCCAGAGGUUAGUUUGCAAAUAUGGAGGAUACCAAAAGAAAUGGUAUUAUUGCCGAUAGUUUAAGCAAGAAGGAUAAAAGACGCCAACAAAUAGGUUCACGAUUGAGUAAACUAAACAGCACGUUUAGCCACGAAAGAGAUAACUUUUAUAGGGGAUCACUUCAUCAUCUUCAAACCACCCUUGCUACUUUGCAACAAGGAACCAAUGAAGAGUUUACCGAGAAAAGAAACCGAUUAGACGAAGGUCGGGACUACGAGCUAACCAAACUACGAUUAUGGGAAGAGUACCAGGUUAAAAGAAUCGACCAAGAAUAUAAAGAAGAUAUCAAUCGAGCUAAGGAAAACCACGACCGAAUGAUUAAGUUGAUCAAAGAAAAGCUUUAUGAUAAGUUACAGAAGCAAAUCAAACAGUUAAAGGAAGAUAAGUUACUAUUAAAUCUAGUGAAUGCUAAUUCUUGGAAUUCGGUCAACGCUAACGAUUCUUCCACCGCUGCGCUAAACGCAGUGGCAGCAGCAAACUCUCUCAACAUUAACGAUCGUCGCUCUUUGCGAAGACGGGAACUUAGCUCGAGGUUCACUGCAGGCGAAGCCGAUGACCUUUCCGACGGUGGUGCUGGCCAUAGCAGCGCAGCCCUUCACGGAGCAGCUUCUGCUGGUAGCUCUCAUAACAAUAACCUGAAUGCUGCUCGUGGCGCUUCCGGUUACAUCCUGGCAUCCAAUAACAAACGCAGAAGAUACUACGCAACGCGUUACUCCUCGAACGAUGAACUGAGUACGGGUGGGGUCACUGGUGCUGGUAGUGGCAGUGGUAACGGUUCCAUUAGACACGGUCACCAAAAUGGCGCUAGCAGUGGUAAUGACAGUAACUUGAGCGAUAAAGAUUAUGAUGCCUUGAAUAGUAUAAUCAUGGGUACUGAAGAUGGCGGAAUGUCCCUCAUCUUAAUGGACCACAACGGUAUCAAUGGCAGUAGCUCGAAGGCUUCCUCUUCCGGUAGACAAAAUACAAGAGGCUCCCAUAAACAAUUUGUUGGAGUUCAAGGAUUAAAGCCUGAAGAACUAAACGAUGAUUUAAAUUUGUUACGUAACGCCAUACAGAAAAAGGAAAAAUAACUCGGGCUCCCGGUGGGUCUUUCACAUUCAAAACUUUUCUCUUCUCUUUCUCAUAAACCUUUAGUUCAUUAUUCUGUAUUCUUACCUUUCAUUCUACAACAGUAGAUACAUAAUAUAUAAUUAUCCAACAGGAAU